UCGGAACUUUGAUAGGUGUUCAAAAGGAGAGAAUGAAACCAGAUGAUAUGUACAUAUUAUCAGGAGAGGGAUCUAUCAUAUCCUCGCCGUCUCCGAAGCCAUACCCUCAUAAGCCUCCCAAGUGCUCUGAUUGUGCUCCUCUUUUCAUGAAGGCAUAUCAGAUGCGUGGUGCUGGCUCUGUUUUCCACAGUCAUGGAAUUGAAUCUUGUCUUGUAACAAUGAUAAAUCCGCUUUCGAAAGAGUUCCGUAUCACUCAUAUGGAAAUGAUAAAAGGUAUUCAGGGCCAUGGUUAUUACGAUGAACUUGUGGUCCCAAUAAUUGAGAACACAGCCUACGAAAACGAGCUCACAGAUUCUCUUGUCAAAGCUAUUGAUGCAUAUCCCAAGACAACUGCCGUGCUUGUUCGCAAUCAUGGCAUAUAUGUAUGGGGAGACUCAUGGAUCAGUGCUAAAACUCAGGCUGAAUGUUACCAUUACCUCUUUGAUGCUGCUAUUAAACUCCGUCAACUAGGCUUAGACUGGUCUACUCCAGAUCAUGGCCCCAUUCAGAAUGUUAAAGGAUUUUCAAGCGUCAAUAGCAGGAUAAAUGUGUCUACUAAAGACGGGACAGUGGAUUCAAAUUAUAAAUUUGAGCCAUAUCCGCGCUGUUUUGUGCUUGACAUUGAAGGAACUACAACUCCUAUUUCAUUUGUAAUGGAUGUUCUCUUUCCCUAUGCCCGAGACAAUGUCGGGAGGUAUUUGUCUGCGACAUAUGAUAGUGCUGAAACCCAAGAUGAUAUUAAGUUGUUACGUUCUCAAGUCGAGGAUGACUUGAAGCAAGGUAUUACUGGUGCUGUACCUAUCCCCUCGGAAGAGGCUGGAAAAGAGGCGGUGAUUGCAUCUUUGGUUGCUAAUGUCGAAGCAAUGAUAAAAGCUGAUCGAAAAAUUUCUGCCUUAAAGCAAUUGCAAGGUCGUAUAUGGCGUACUGGAUUUGAAAACAACGAACUGGAAGGAGUUGUUUUUGAUGAUGUACCAGAAGCUCUUGAAAAGUGGCACGCUUCGGGUAUAAAGGUAUACAUAUAUUCCAGUGGUAGCAGGUUGGCUCAUAGGCUUAUAUUUGGAAAUACAAACUACGGUGAUUUGAGGAAGUAUUUAUCCGGAUUUUUCGACACUGCAGUAGGAAACAAAAGAGAAACACGAAGUUAUGUUGAAAUACAGUCAUUGGGAGUCGAUAAACCAUCCGAUGUACUAUUUCUGACCGAUGUCUAUCAAGAAGCCACGGCUGCAAAAGCUGCAGGUUUGGAUGUCAUAAUCUCCGUCCGGCCGGGAAAUGGUCAUCUUCCGAAGAAUCACGGAUUCAAGACCGUCAACUCUUUCCUGGAGAUCUGGUAGAACCUUCGUACUUCUGUAAUAAAAUCGACCGUGACAUUCCAUGC